AUGUCUGUUCUUCCCCCAGACGUCCACGCAGAGCUCUCGCAGCUGCUGCAAGCUCUCCAAUCCCCAGACAACUCGGUUCGAUCGCAAGCCGAAGACCACCUCCAAAAUAACUGGACCGCCACCCGACCCGAGGUUUUGUUGAUGGGCCUCGCUGAGCAGGUCCAAGUCGGUUCCGAUGCUUCGAUACGCUCCUUCGCCGCCGUUAUUUUCCGAAGAAUCGCCUCCAAGAGCCGCAAGAAUGACCGCGGCGAGCUGGUUGAUAUGUUCUUGUCCUUGUCCCAGGACCAGGCUGCCGUCAUCCGCCAGAAGCUUCUCGAGAGCCUCGGCGGUGACUUCCAGCGUGCCGUGAGAAACAAGAUCAGUGACGCUGUCGCUGAAGUCGCGAGGCAAUACACCGAAAACAAUGAUUCCUGGCCCGAGCUGCUGGGCGGUCUCUUCCAGCUUAGCAUAGCGCCCGACGCCGAGAAGAGAGAGACGGCAUUCCGUGUCUUUGCCACGACCCCGGGUAUUAUCGAGAAGCAGCACGAGGACACCGUUAUCCAGGCCUUCCAGAAGGGCUUCAAGGACGAUUCCGUUCAGGUGCGUCUGGCCGCUAUGGAGGCGUUUGCGGCCUUCUUCAGGAGCUUGGGAAAGAAGGCGCAGCCCAAGUACUACCCUCUUAUUACUGAUGUUCUCAACAUCAUGCCGCCUAUCAAGGAAAGCCACGACUCCGAGGACCUUAGCAGCGCCCUUGUCGCCCUGAUUGACAUGGCCGAGACCGCGCCCAAGAUGUUCAAGCCUCUUUUCGGCAACUUGGUCAAGUUCAGCAUUUCCGUCAUCCAGGACAAGGAGCUUGACAACCUUUGCCGUCAAAACGCUCUCGAGUUGAUGGCCACUUUUGCCGACUACGCGCCGUCUCUGUGCCGCAAGGACGAGACCUACACAAACGACAUGAUCACACAGUGCCUCAGCCUCAUGACCGACCUUGGCGAGGACGACGACGAUGCAGCUGAGUGGCUGUCAUCUGACGAUCUUGACCAAGAGGAAAGCGACCAGAACCACGUCGCCGGAGAGCAGUGCAUGGACAGACUCGCCAACAAGCUUGGCGGCCAGACCAUCCUGGCACCGACCUUCAACUGGCUUCCCCGCAUGAUGACCUCCAUGGCCUGGAGAGACAGGCACGCGGCUCUCAUGGCCAUUUCCGCCAUCUCUGAAGGCUGCCGGGAGUUGAUGAUCGGUGAGCUCAGCCAGGUUCUCGACCUGGUUGUUCCUGCGUUGAAGGACCCGCACCCCCGUGUGCGCUGGGCUGGAUGUAAUGCUCUUGGCCAGAUGAGCACCGAUUUCGCGCCCAAGAUGCAGACCGACUACUACGACCGUGUUCUCAAGGCCAUCAUCCCGGUCCUUGACUCUCCCGAGGCUCGGGUCAAGUCGCACGCGGCCGCUGCCCUCGUCAACUUCUGCGAGGAGGCCGAGAAGUCCAUCCUGGAGCCCUACCUCGAUGAGCUCCUGUCUCACCUCUUCCAGUUGCUCCAGAAUGAGAAGCGCUACGUCCAGGAGCAGGCUUUGUCGACCAUCGCGACCAUCGCCGACGCUGCCGAGGCUGCCUUCUCCAAGUACUACGAUACUCUUAUGCCUCUGUUGGUCAGUGUCUUGCAGAGAGAAAACGACAAGGAGUUCCGCCUUCUCCGUGCCAAGGCUAUGGAGUGCGCUACGCUGAUCGCACUGGCUGUCGGCAAGGAAAGACUCGGCCAAGAUGCCAUGACUCUUGUCCAGCUCCUUGCCUCCAUUCAGCAAAACAUUACCGAUCCUGAUGACCCUCAGGCGCAAUAUCUGAUGCACUGCUGGGGCCGUAUGUGCAGAGUCCUCGGCCAGGAGUUCCUUCCCUUCCUGCCCAACGUCAUGCCACCUCUUGUCGAGCUCGCUAGCGCCAAGGCCGACAUUCAGCUCCUGGAUGACGACGACCAGGUCGAGCAGAUCCAGCAGGAGGAUGGUUGGGAACUCGUCCCUCUCAAGGGUAAGAUGAUUGGAAUUCGGACGAGCACCAUGGAGGACAAGAACAUGGCCAUUGAGCUCCUUGUCGUGUACGCCCAGGUGCUCGAGGGAAGCUUCGCCCCUUACGUGGCCGAGAUUAUGGAAAAGAUUGCCCUCCCUGGUCUGGCCUUCUUCUUCCACGACCCCGUCAGAUUCAUCUCGGCCAAGUUGGUGCCUCAGCUUCUGAGCUCCUACAAGAAGACGUACGGCAGCCCAUCAAAUGAGCUCGCCGGGCUCUGGGCUGCGACUGUGGACAAGCUUCUCGAGGUGUUGACCGCGGAACCUGCGAUUGAUACUCUUGCCGAGAUGUACCAGUGCUUCUACGAGUCUGUUGAAGUCAUUGGCAAGGAGUGCCUCACCGCCGAUCACCUCUCUCGCUUCAUUGACUCAGUCCACUCUGCCAUUGAAGACUACAAGGACCGUGUCGCUCAGCGUCUCGAGGAUAAGGAGGCCCUCGGCGCCGAGGAUGUGGAAGACGAAGCCGAGGACGUUUUGUUGGCCAUCGAGGACGAUCAGACGCUCCUGUCUGACAUGAACAAGGCCUUCCACGCCAUCUUCAAGAACCACGGUGCUGCCUUCCUCCCAUCAUGGGAACGCCUGCUCCCCACUUACGAGGGCUUCCUCAAGUCGGAAGACCCUACACAGCGCCAAUGGGGUCUCUGCAUCAUGGACGAUGUGCUGGAGUACUGCGGCACCGAAAGCCAAAAGUACGCCAACCUCAUCACCCAGCCCCUGGUUGAUGGCUGCAGGGACUCGUCGCCCGCCAUUCGCCAGGCUGCGGCCUACGGUAUUGGUGUGGCUGCUCACCGCGGUGGUCAUCCUUGGGCUCAGUUUUUGGGAGGUGCCCUACCUUUCCUCUUCCAAGUGACGCAGGUUCCCGAGGCGCGGAGCGAGGACAACGUCUACGCAACGGAGAAUGCUUGUGCUGCCAUUGCCAAGAUUCUUCACUUCAACGCCGGCUCAGUUCAGGAUCCCAACAACGUCGUGGCUCAGUGGAUCGAGACCCUUCCCGUCACGAAUGACGAGGAGGCCGCACCUUACGCCUACGCCUACCUGGCAGAAUUGAUUGACAAGCAACAUCCGGCUGUCGUUGGCCAGGCUGGCAAGAUCUUUGUGCUCACUGCACAGGCUCUGGAGGCAGACUCUCUGGCAGGACAGACCGCAAGCCGCGUAGUACUCGCCAUCAAGGCUCUUCUGUCCCAGGCAGGCGUUGACCCCACACCGCUGCUCCAGCAGUUCUCGCCCGAAUCUCAACGAGCGAUCACUUCGUACUUCUCUUAG